AUGUGCCAGAUAGAAUCAGAGGAAGGUGUGAAGAAUGUGAAUGAGAUCAUAGCCGUUGAUGGGAUGGACUGUGUGAUGAUGGGGCCAAGAGAUCUGAGUGCGAGCUUGGGGAUACUUAACGAUCCAGCAAACCCUAAGUUGAAGUCCGUCAUGAGGAUGGCGGAGAAGGCGGUUUUGGACUCUGAUCCGGCGAAUGGAGGAGCUUACUUGGCUGGGAUGGCGACGGCUCAGGACAAAGCGCUUGAUCUCAAGGCACGAGGGUAUCACGUGGUGCUCGGGUCAACUGAUGUUUCAUUGUAUAAGAAGGCUGUGGUUGAUGAGGUCAACGCCUUUAAGGCUUAAUGUAGUAUUGACUACAUUCAGUAUUGACUAGAAAUAAAUUACAAUGCAUGUC